CUUUCAGUGCGUAGAUAACGAUAACAAUGAAGACAUUGAAGAUGUGGUCAGAUUGAUAAUUCUACACCUUAUGUCAAUUGUCCUUUUCAAUACUUCAGCUGAAGUGGUAGCUUGGUGGAUGUUCAAGUACUGCGAUGAUAUAGAUCAAACAAAUGACUUCAACUGGGCCAGGGGGAUUACUGAUUUCUUGGUUAAACAAAUCCACACAGCAAAAAAACACGACAAAGUCCAUGGUUGCAUACCACUUGUGCUGUAUUGGAUGUGUGAGCAUGUAGCAAUCGUGCCUCCACUAGCUGAUUUUGCUUUCCCAAGAUUUUGGCGGUGGGAUAUAUCCAAGCUUGCAUCUACGCUGAGCAGCAAGGACAUGAACGAUAUCGAUCCCCAACUCGGCAACGAGAAUCUGCUGAUCCCAACAGAGCAAGAACAACAAAUCUUCGAUGAAAUUUUGGUCAUGGACAAUAUCAGCGAUGAUGCAACCAAUGAACAUAACAAUGAUAACAACAACAGGAAUCCUAGUAUUCAUUCUGACACUGCUUCAGAUUCUGACGAGGAUGUCCCAAUCAAAAACUGGUACAAAAAGCGGCAGUCGUCAGAUGAACUCAAGAUCACUACCGCGCUGAAUGAAACAAAGAGGCUAUUGGAGGUAGAAACAAAACAAAGGACAGAACAUGAGGCCCAAGUGUUGCAACUGGAAGCUGACGUAGAAGAACUUCAGAUGGAGAUAGUCAUGCUAAAAAACGACAAGCAGGUACAUGUUGAUGAAAAGGCACAUGUCGCUCUUCAACUUUCAAAACUACAUGACGAGGUCACGCUUAGCAAAUUUGAUGUGCCGUCUUUCAAUAUCUUGAGCCAAACACAGACCAACCAGAGUGAGCUUGAAGAAAAAAUCAAAGAGAAUGCAGAACUGAAAGCAACGAAGGAAUCCAUCAUCAAACGUCUUGAAGAGGUGACAAAUGCUACAACAACUCUGCACACCGAAAAACCUCUGUCGUUGACACAAGAGUUUGAAGCAGACGAUAUCUCACUGACGAACAUGCCUGAGCACACAGCAAAACAUAUUUUCUUGGAAGCUGAGAUCACCCUCCUAAAAUCUGCUGAGAAGACUCAUCUUGAGAAAAUUAGAGAAAGGGAAGAAAAGAUAGCUGAGUUGGAAGCUAAUUGUGCAGAAUAUGCAAAGGCACUUGAUGAGCACCCACCAGUUCAUCAUUCGGACAGUAACUUUGAGAUAUGUGUGGAAGAUAUCGAGGCCAAGCUAAACGACCCAAAAUCUGCAGUGGGGAAAUGUACAAGGUCAAAAACACGUGAAGCAACACCACGUAGCACCAAGAAAGCAUGUAGAGAUUUCAGAUACAAAAAUACAACCCAUUCAUCGGCAUGGGUGCGAGAGACAAGGCAAUAAUGAACACAAUGGCAGAUGAAAUAGUGCAUGGGAAGUAAGUAAACUCUAUCUAUAGUCAUAUAUCCAAUUAUCUAUAUGAAUAUUAUACUACUGCAUAAUGUCAUAUAUAGUCAUAUGACUACAUGACUACAUGUGACUAGUUCUUUAUGACUAUUGAUGUAUGUAGUCAAGAGUUGUCAUAUGACUACCCAUGAUUGCAUAAUCACAUGUCUUAUUCAUGCUUCAAAAAUGUUUAUAAAUGCAGUAGAACAGUGUGGAAGAAUCCAGAUGGUAAUAUUCAUUUUCGGAUGGCUGACAUCUUUAUCAUCCCCAGAAAGGAAGAUGUUUCGGGCGAGGUAAAAUUAUGAUACAAACUAUCUGCCCACAUUCUAUACACAAAUUUAAUAACAUUGUACAAUGACGGGUUAUAGAUACUUACUGUGAGAUAUUGGGACAUCAACAAGCUGCAGGGUUGUUUGCAGGUAGCGCCAAUGAGUCGUUUAAAGGAACCAGCAUGACGUUCAGUAGCAUGCUACUGGUACAAAGUCGAUAAUAUAUUUGCAAUUGUAUUUUUUAAAAGAAGUAUAUGUUUUCCCGUGGUAACUAAUCAUUAGUUCUAAUAGACAUCGUUGAGGCCAGCCAAAAAUAAAACAUUCCGCAUACCGGCAGAAGUUAGCAAACAUAGAUACCUCAUCUUCCCAUUACAGUUCAAUGGUAAUCCUCAAACCAGGGCUAACCACUGGACACUGUUAAUAUUGGACAUAAAUUCAAAUGAGUGGCGUUUCUACAACUCAUUACAUCCUCGUAAAGGUCUUAAGGACCCAUACCUGAUUGACGCCACCGACAUGAUACAAAACUACUGACUAUUUAUUUCCAACACCUACAUAUUUAAUAAACAAAUAUCUAGUUCAUUCAUGUACACAGAAA